AUGAAAACAAACGUCGUUGUAGCAGCUCUCGUACUUUUAAUUUUCGCUGCCACUUUUAUUACAGCCGCUACACCCAAAAUUGAUCUCGAUGCUGCCAUUGAUAAAUUGCCAGCUUCCGAUGAGAGAAAGGAUCAAUUACAUGAAUUGAAGGAAUUCGUUGCUACUCCACUCUUUGAAGCAGCAAAGGAGAAGGUCAAGGAAUAUGAAGCAACUCAUAAACAAGAAGUCAAUUCAUUGAGACAAGAAUUUGCCAAGUUGAGAGGUCAAUAUGAAGAAAAGAUUAGAGCAAAGGUUGCUGAAAUUAAAGCAAAGAAUCCAAAGGCAUACUUGAUGAACAAGCAAGAAGAGGUUCUCAAGAGCAUUAAAACUAACCUUGGAAUUUAA